AUGUCUCUGCAAGAUUUGCCCCCCGAGAUCCAUUCCCAGAUUUUUUCACACCUUGUCACGUCGUUCGGGCCAUCCUCAAUCCACGCCGUGCUGAAGACGUGCAAGCAGCUCUAUGAAGUUGCCCUUCCAUUCUCAGUCCAGAUAUUUCGCAACACGGCACCUUUGCAUAUCGGAGGGGGUCCAUGCUCCAAGAUUCGGAAUGCGCAAUUUCUCCAUUACAUCCUCAUUUCCAAGCCUGAGUUGGCCAAGUAUGUGAAGACUCUCAUAUUUGGGUCUUUCUCAUCUGAAGACAAUUCACCUAGAGGCACUCCUACCAGCACCGCAGAAGCCCUUGGUGUGUAUGAGAAAUACAUCAACGCAGCGUUAAGCCCUCCAGAGAGGAAGUCGUGGGAGGGUACGCAAUGGUUGGCAGAUUUACGAAGGGGCUCAUCCGAUGCCCAGGUCGCACUCAUUCUCUUCGCGUGCGAGAAAGUUGAGAGCCUCUGUUUCGAAGAACCUGAAGAUGCGAGGAGCUUUUGCUUUGUGCUGAACCUCCUGUCUACUUCCUUUGCGUCGCGGUCGAAUCUACGACGCGUGUAUAGCGAAGCCGCUGAUGCCAGCUUAGGGUACAGGAUGUUUGGCCAGGAGCCUUCGUCGCUGAUGGCCCUACCUCGUCUCCGUCGUUACGAGUCUUCCCUUGCAUGCGGCGAUAGCUUGGCGGAGAAGCAAUUCGCAAGACUUCCACGCAGAAGGUCUGCUGUGGAGGAAAUCACUCUGCGCAGAUCUUUUAUUACGGGGUCAAUGAUUAAUCAUUUAUUGGGAGCUUGCAAGUCUCUCAAGUCGUUUGAGUAUACACGGGGCAUCUAUGCCACGAUACCUCCACAAAUGCUGGCCCGGGAUGUCCUAGAGGCUGUCCUACCUCAUGCCAGCACACUCCAGCACCUCCACGUCAAUCUGGACGACGACUGGUUCAAAGAAGAGGUGGGCGUUCCUGAGAGGUUAUAUAUGGGGAGGGAACUACGGCAGAUGGUUGCACUUAAAACGCUUGUAGUCGGAAUGCAAUCUCUGACGGGUUUGCUUGACGGCCAGCCGCAGGGAGGAGGAGGGCGGAUACAAGUUCCUUUGGAAGUCGAAGGAGCACCAAGACUUGUUGAUUGUCUCCCCGAUAAUCUGGAACAGCUCCAAAUCCAUUCCUGCGGUGGACAGAUUUUAGACCAGGCAAGCGAGUUACUCGGCGUCAUUGAGAACGGGAAGCGCUUCACCAAACUGACAAAUAUUCAUUUUCUGUUCAAUCAUGAGAGGAUCAAUUCCAAGGAUGUUCGGUUACGCUGUGAUUUGCCUCGCGUGCGGCUCGAGGUCGGAUUCCAAUCUCAAACCCAGCGAGGGUAUGAGCUGGGUGCACCCUUGACAGUGUCCAAAAAUCGGAAGCAUAAGACUAUUUGCUCCCAGAUAUUUGCUGAAGACUUUCGGUCAGAGUGGUUGGAGAUGCGAGGUCGUUACACCACGAGGCUGCACCAUCUACCAACGGUUACUUAG